AUGUUAAGGAAUCUCUUAGGAACAAUGAAAGGCCAUGUAGAUUAUUUGUAUGUAGUUUUGUUUAUUCUCAUUGGCCACUCUAGUGUCAGUGCCAUUGUCGUUCUUUUGUUUCUUUUGUCGUUACCACCUGUUCGUUGUCGUAGAGCUGAUUUUACUCGUGUGAUGUUCAUGGUUGUUGUUUUUUAUUUAUUGCAAAGAAAUAAAAGGCCACAAAGACUGGAUAGGAAGAGUUUCCAUCAACCCUAUUUUGAAAGACGGGAUAGGAAGAGUUUCCCUCAAGCCUAUUUUGAUAUAGCCGUGCCGGUCACGGCCGCACCAAACCUGCUCCGAUCGAUCGCUUACCAGCUACAUGUCGUCGCACACAGAACCACCACCACCAGAGGAUCGCGAUCAAGACCUCUAAGAGCACCUACGACAGAUCUCAAGCAACCAACUGCACCACUGCGGUCGACACCCUUCCAUCGCCGGCGUAUCUCGGGCCGUGUUCCAAAUUCAUCUUCUCAUCUGCUACCUGCUCUCGAAGAUAAUGGAACCUCAUUUCGAUGUGCUUACUUCGACCAUGUGCUAUUGGGUUCUUCGCCAUCUUCAUGGAAAUAA